AUGAUCCCUAGGCUCCUUUCUCUUCUCUGCCUCCGGCUGUGUGUUGGGCAAUCAGACAUUCCAGACAAUGGGCCACCUCCCAAGCCCAGCCUCAGCGCCUGGCCCAGCUCAGUGCUUCCCACCAAAAGCAGUGUGACAAUGCGAUGUAGGAGCCCUGCUCCAAGUGAAUACUUCAUCUUCAAAAAGGAAGGUUUUGUUUUGGAUUCUGGGAAGCCAUAUGAUUUGACAGAGAAGAUGGCUGAGUUUCAUAUCGCUGAGUUACAGCAGAAUGACGGAGGACACUACACCUGUGAAUCCUUCAGCAAAUGGUCCAUUGACACCCGGACACAGCCCAGUGAUGCCCUUCUCCUAUUGGUCACAGGGUACUUGCCUAAACCUUCCCUCCAAGCCUACCACUGGGGCACAGUGCCUGCAGGGAGCCAGCUGACAUUGCAGUGCCAGAAAGCCGGCAGUGUGCUCGGACCCAUGAGGUUUGCAUUGCUGAAGGAGGGACGCUCAGCUCCUGUGCAGAUGAGGAGCUCAACAGGAACGGUGCUUGACUUCUCCCUUCUGAACGUGACAGCCAGAGACUCGGGGAGAUACAGCUGUGUGUACUACCAGGCAAAGGCUCCCUAUCGGGCCUCAGUCCCCAGCAAUCCCCUUGAGGUCUCUGUGACAGAGCCCCCAGAUACCAUGAGAGAAGGCUACACCGUGGGUAACCUCAUCCGGUUUGGAGUGGCUGCUGUAAUUGUGCUAAUAAUGGGAGGCUUCCUGGUUGAAGCCUGGCAUAGCCAGAGGCUGUCUCCAAAUAGACCCUGGUAA